UAUUUCUCUUAGGGCAUGUCAAAUGGUAAAGCUGCAAUUAACAGUGUCUUUUUUGUGUUGCAGUUCCACCAGUACCAGGUUGUUGGGAGGAAGCUCCCUAUGGCAUCUGAUGAGCACCCCAAGAUUUACCGAAUGAAGCUCUGGGCCACCAAUGAGGUUCGCGCCAAGUCGAAGUUCUGGUAUUUCCUGAGGAAGCUGAAGAAGGUCAAGAAGAGCAAUGGCCAAGUGCUUGCCCUUAAUGAGUCAAUGUUGUUUUGCGGUGGGGAAGUGGUUCCUCCUCAACUCUCCUCCUGGCGAAAUCCAAUUUGUUGCCAAAGAUGUGAAGGAGGCUGCGUCAAAGGCACCCCCUCGAAAUGACCGGUUGAAUUGGAGACUGUUUCGUUUUGAUGAAUUUUGGGCUCUCACAUGUACGUCUGCGAAAUUGCAAACCUUUCUUUUGUAUUGGGGUUCCAAUUUUCCAAAAUCAGUUCUCCCUAAGGUGAUAAGUUUUUUCUCUCUUUUUUAAUUUUUACUCUGAUGUCUCUGUCCAAAACAAUUUUUUUUUCAUAGUACGUUUUGUGCAAUGUACAGAUAUAUUAUAGGAAUGAAUCUGUCUUUUCAACAAACAGCAAGAGUUACAUAUUAUGCGAGUACUUUACUCCACCAGUUUUAGAUUGAAUUUAUUUUUUUAUAACAUAUAUCCUUUUAAACUCAACAUUUAAUUUUAUAUUUUCCCAAGAAAAUGACACAAUUUUUGGUACAAUUUUCUUCCGAUAAUUGGAGUAGGCAAGUAGCAAAGGAUAAACUAUCAAAAUAGCUAGGUUUAAUAUAUGCUAGGAAUGUCUCAUUGGUCAAGUGUCAAUAAAAUCUUUGUUUUUGUUCUCAAUUACUGUUUACACCAUGCUUGAACCCAAAGUAUAAGAUGCGAUGAUAAUUGAAAUGCCUAGAGACCAAUCCUGCUUCUGAUAUUUUAUUUUCAACUGAUUUGCUUAGGAAAAAAGGCAUAAUUUCAUUGCUCACUGUUUACACCAUGCUUGAACCCGAAGUAUAAGAUGUGAUGAUAAUUGAAAUGCCUAGAGACCAAUCCUGCUUCUGAUAA